AUGGAUAUAUGCUCUUUUUCUUAUGAUAUUCAUGUUGAAGUUGUGAAAAUAUUCAAAGCGUUUAAUAUAAUUCCAAGUAUACUAUUCCCAAUAGUCACAGUUAUCUUGAUACGAGAAAUACGGAAAGCGGGAGCUCGUCGACAAAAUCUGGGCACAUCAUCCACUGCUUCUCAAGACUCAAAGAAUACCUCAAGAUUGGUAUUAGCUUUGACAAUCCCCUUUUUUAUUGCUGAACUUCCGCUUGGCAUCGUUUCGAUUCUUGUUCCUAAUUUUUAUAGUGACAAUGGAUUUUACUUUGUGUUUGAUGCAUUUGAAAAGUUUUUCUCGUUUGUUCUCUCUGUUACCACUGCAAUGCACAUGAUUAUUUGUGUGUUCAUGUCAUCUCAAUAUCGAGAGACGGCAUUGCUGGUUGUCAGAUGCGGUCAGGUUUUUAAGAAAAAACAAGAAUCAGUUGCUCUGGGGACGGUGGUCAAUUGA